AUGCCUAAGAGUAAUCAAGAACUCAGUAAGUUGAAAUUUAUACUGCAUUAUAAAACAGAAGAACUUCGAAAUCAGAUUCAACCCAAAGAUAUACAAAUCCAGAAUAAGGAAGAACAAAUGAUGGAUAUAACUGAAGAACUGGGAAACCUCCAGAAAAUGAAGAUAAGCCUUGACUUGCAGUUUGUUGAAUUGAAGGAGAAACUUACUGCGACAGAAAGAGAAAUAUGUAUUGCACGUCAGGAAAAUAAUGAAAAUAAUGCACUGCUCCAUCAGAUUCGUAAUGAUUUACAUGAUGCCUCUCGUCUCCUUCAUGAAACAACACAACUGAAGAAUUUAGUUAUGAGCCUUUACCAUAAGUAUCACAAAGAUAAAGCACUCUUUGCUGAGCACUUACAAGUUUUCAAUGCACAAGCACAAUUUUUGCAACAGAGAGACUUGCUUGAGCGUACAGUCACAUCUCUAAAAAAACAAGUGACUGAAGAGCCAGGUAAAGAGAAAGCAGGAGCAGUUAGCCUCAUGAAGAGAGAAAAAGGCAUCCCACACUCAUCACAGCCAGGACUCUCAUGGAAACUGAAUUCAAUACCAUCGAUGAAUGGAAAUGCUGCUGGCAAUGAAACUAUUCUCCACAGUACCUUAAGCUGCCUUGCGCCCAGAAGAAACCUCGCGGAUUUGACAGUUGCUCAUGCUGUAUCAACAUGUCCUGCACAUGAAAAGAAGAGUCCUUUCAAGGAUUCCCUGACAGCAAUGAAUGAUGUUAUAAAAUACAUAAAAGACUAUGUUGAGAAAUAUGUUGUCUAUUCUUUCCAAUAUUCCACGUCAAAUGCUUUCUGGCUUGAAAUGAAAUUUACCAAUGUGAAAGGUGAGACAGUAAUUGAACACAUUUUUGGAAGUCAGCAAUGCAAAUACAGUUGA